AGCAGAAUUGCAGAAGCAAAAGCUAAAUCUUCGUAAACCCUAAUUUCCUGCUUCCCGCCUCCAUAGCCAAAAACCCUAAUCUGAUCUACAAAAUGGGCCGUCGAAAGAACAGCAACAAUAACAAUCAGGGCUCAAUGGGCUUUACCAACGCGCAACACCAGGGCACCAAGAUUCGAUUCCAAGGUGAAGACGAAGAGCUGACCACAGAGAACUCAAAUCUUGACGAGUCAACUGUAACCGGCGACAAAGCCAUUGCUAUGGACGACGAUUCCAUGUGCGAGCCCGAUGUCUCCUUUGUCGAUGGCGAUGAUGAUAAAACUAGCGCCGAUUAUUACUUCGAUUCCUAUUCUCACUUUGGUAUUCACGAAGAAAUGCUGAAGGAUGUGGUGAGAACUAAGACAUAUCAAAAUGUUAUUAAUCAGAAUAAGUUUCUAUUUAAGAAUAAAGUAGUACUUGAUGUUGGUGCUGGAACUGGAAUUCUGUCCCUAUUUUGUGCGAAAGCUGGGGCUGCACAUGUUUAUGCGGUUGAGUGCUCUGCCAUGGCAGACAUGGCAAAAGAGAUAGUUGAAUCAAAUGGAUUUUCAGAAAUUGUAACUGUUUUGAAGGGAAAGGUUGAAGAGAUUGAGCUACCAGUUGCUAAUGUAGAUAUCAUAAUUUCAGAAUGGAUGGGAUAUUUUCUGUUGUAUGAAAAUAUGUUAAACACUGUCCUCUAUGCACGAGAUAAAUGGCUUGUUAGUGAUGGAAUUCUUCUACCAGACAAAGCUUCCCUUUAUUUGACAGCCAUUGAGGAUGCAGACUACAAAGAAGAUAAGAUUGAAUUUUGGAAUAAUGUCUACGGCUUUAACAUGAGUUGUAUCAAGAAGCAAGCCAUUAUGGAACCUCUUGUUGAUACAGUUGAUCAGAAUCAAAUUGUCACAAACUGCCAGCUACUCAAGACUAUGGAUAUCUCUAAAAUGGUCUCUGGGGAUGCUUCCUUCACAGUUCCUUUUAAGCUUGUGGCAGAUCGUGAUGAUUACAUUCAUGCGUUGGUAGCCUACUUUGAUGUGUCAUUUACCAAUUGUCACAAGUUAAUGGGCUUCUCUACAGGACCAAGAUCACGGGCUACACACUGGAAGCAAACAGUUCUGUAUCUGGAAGACGUGCUAACUAUAUGUGAAGGGGAAGUCCUAACUGGGAACAUGAGUGUAGCACCAAACAAAAAAAAUCCUCGUGACAUUGAUAUAAUGAUCAAAUAUGCAUUGAAUGGGCGGCGCUGUGUGGUCUCAAGAACUCAAUAUUAUAAGAUGCGGUGAAGUAAUCUACAUGUUAUCCAAAAUUCGAAGAAUUGGUGGCAAAGAUUGAUGCUUAAUUACAACAACUACUAUCUAGUAAGUUGGUUUUAUUUGGAAGCUGAGUGUAUUUCGUAUUUCUUUGUGUCAGUUCAAGAAUUAAGAGAGUUGUAGGGUCGGCUAAGCUUCUCUAAAAUGUAUGUUGCGUACAAUUUUUAAUCCCUUGUGACGUAAAUGCAAAGGUGAUUGAGCAUUCAAUGCUGAAAUUUUGAGAUUUAAUUUUCAGGACCUUAAA